AUGGCCAACAACCAGCUAAUACUGGUUCUCUUCUAUGGGGAACUGUGGAAAUCACUUUCUACAGCAAUACCUCAAAACGUUUCCACAAAUAAAAGAAACGCAUACACCGGUAUCAGGAGUCCCAGAGCAGACAAAGCUCCUCCAUAUCCACUGCAAGCAACUGGGCUCCGUCCACACAAAUCUGGAAGAGCACUGACUGUUACAACACCGCCUCAGUUCCCCAAAGCAUACGCAGAACCCAGUGAUGGAAGCUGGAUAGCAGCACUGCUAAUUGGCAUCAUUUUGAUUAGUAUGAUAAUGGCUAUUAUUAUAAUUCUUCUCUGGAAAUGCUGCAAGAGACCAGUUCUAGUAGAUUCAAAUUGGGCAGGUCGUUCUCCAUUUGCGGAUGGAGACACACCAGAUGUCUUCAUGGACUCUGACCAGGCUACCAAACGCUCAUCAGUGUUAUUUAUGUUGCCUUGGAAAUGGAAACAAGACACAAACUCACAGCAGGAUCCCGCUGCAUCAGAGAAACCCUCCCGCUGCUCCUCCAGCAACGAGAACAGCCAGGCAGCUCCACCAGCCGCAGACUGCUCCGUAGCCGGCGUUGCCAACAUGGAUCCACCUCCACCCCCCCCCAUUUCCAACACGGAUGGGUUUCCAGCUCUCCCCAUUGCCAACACAGAUGGGUCUCCCGCCCCCCCCGACGAAGCAGCAAGCCCUGCACGCGACUCCUGUCCUCACCCAACGGCUUCACCCGACUUCCCGGAUCUGCCCCCUCCACCCGACUGGCUCAGGGAACCGGCUGAGGACAACAGUUCGGAUCACAGCAAGUCCCAGGGAUUUCCCUCAGAGACAGAGGAACAGUUGCCCCCACCACCCGAGUCGCUUAUUCAAGAGAUCCACGCACCGCUGCCCCAGCAGCCGCAGCCAGGAGACCCUCUGUAG